GGAAAGCCCCAGCUCGACUCCCAUGUGCUCUGCAGCCUCCCACUCUGAUUCAAGCCUCAACACCACCCCCCUCCCCUCUCGCUUUGUCUCGUGGGAUUGUUUGGGAGUGAAAAGGAAAGGAAGUGACAUGGUAAAACCGCUUUUUAUUAAUUCUGAGAGGAGGGAGCGUUUGGCGGGGUGUCACAGCAGCUGAUGGGAGCAGAGAGCGUGUAUCAAACAUUGGAUAUCGGGAUGAAUAACUUAACACAAAACCCCCAAAUCCUCUGCUAACAGGAAUCAAAUGUGAUCCUGUGACACCAGUGGGCAAAGGCGGGAUGCAGACAGGGCCUUAUUUCUGCAAUUUUAUUACAUUAUUCAUCACAAGCCGUUGAUCUAAUGGAAACAUAUUACAAGUACACUUUGUAUGUGAAUAUGUGGAUGUUCAACUGCAGUUUAUAGAAUGUGUCUGAUCAUUUGUGACUGGCUUUAAAUUUGUCUAAUUUGGCUCAAGGUACAAACUUUAAAGCUUUUUUUUUUUUAGUAUUAUGAUUUUAAUGUAAGAGCUGCAGCUUAAAAAAAUAAUUAUUACUGUUACAUCCUCUCUAAGAGGGCAUUGUGCAUUUUGAAAACACCCUAUUUGACUCAAUUAAAGUCCAAAAGCAAAAAAACCCCACUCUGUUUCAAUGAUAUAGAAGGUUAAUAAUCUCACGUGAAGAUGUUAGUGCACUGCAAACGUUAAGUAUUUGUGCUUGAAAAAUGACUCUUACAAAUUAACCAAUCAAUGUCACUCUUGUUAUAAAAUUUGUAGUUCUGCAGGAACUUUCAAAGAGUCUAAGGGUUUCCUACUGUGGAGACCAAGAGCAUGAUUGGUCAAGAAAUCACAGCGUUCAUUAGGCAGAGUUUCAUUAAAGUCUAUUUCCCCAUUAUUAAAACCACAAAAGCCGGUAUUUAAAAGGAGGUUAAAUGUACCUCCAGUCACACUUGAGUUAAUUAAGGUUCCUUAUCUUUACAGGUACUAAGAGCAGGGUGUGAAUGCAGGACUGUAAAUUGGACUGGAGGGACCUUUAAGUCCCUGAAAAAUGCUCCUCUGGAUACUCAUAGUUGAAACGCCACUUUGGUAAGUUGCUCCCCGCUCUCUCGUACUCAACAGCUAUAAUAGAGACACUCAUGGAGACAAAAAAGCCUUACUGUGUGAUCAAUUAUUUAACAUUCAGGGUAAUUCCAGUCUGCCUAAUCUGAUGUCACUCAGCAGAGCCAUAAUUAGGGUUUCUUAUGGCUGUAUGAUGGGCCAUGACUGAUGUUCGGUGGGACUAAACUGCCAUCUACUGGCUGCUGGGUGAAUCACAGACGGACGUAUUACACACAGAGGGAGGACAUGUUUGUGAGUUGAAAUACUGUCUAAAACUGUCCUCAGGUUACAAAAGUUUUAACUGCAGUAAAUUCAUGAAGUUUUCAGCCUCAUUUUAAAGUUAUAUUUUUAGCUCACUAUAAAAGAGCUUUGUGAAUUAAAGUUAAAAUUGUAAUGAGUUAGUUUAUGCAGGAGUUGGGGAGAUUUCUCAUUUACACACACUGUUUUCCAUCAAAGCAUCAAAUUUGAACUCCCAGAUAUGGAUGUAAGUGAUGGUUAUUGUAUGAAAAGAGGUCAGAAGAGGUAUUUCUUGGCUCAAGGUGAAAGAAAACAAAUGUUUUUAAUGUUUAAAUUCAUUGUUUAAAUGGAAACCGAACUGUUGGGCUGUUUAUAGAGAUAUUUUAACCCCUUAACUCCUGAAUUGCCUCUUUAGAUUAAGCAUCUCAUUUAUGUGGGUGAGACUGCAGUCUGUUUAGUUUGAUCAGUGAUUUGUUUUUUAUAUUUCUACAUUUUCUACAUCCAUAUUUGUGUGUCUUUGAGUGUCUGGCCUCUUGGAUGAGUUGUGGAUUUCACUGAGCAUAUGGCGGAGCCUGAAAAUCUUGAAUCAUGAAUUUUAUUGUAGGGGGUUAACUACAGUGUCAGGGGAAACUACCUCUAUCUGCAGCUGAGCGUCAAACAGAUAAACACAAAGCUUGUUCAGCAAAUCUGUUGCCCAAAAUAACUUUUUUUUCCAGACAGGAGAGCGGUGUGCAUAAGAACAGUGAGGUAACCCUCUGUGUGGGAACAAUCCACCUGUCACCAGGUGAUAUGAAGAGACUAGAAAAACUGAAGCUGGACUCACUCUGAGCUCCCAUACCAGUCCGGACAAACAGACGAGAUGAGAGGCCUCUGGUUAUUGUUGGUGCUCGUGGCUGCGGCCAAAGCUGAUGUGAGAGUCUUCAGUGGGUGAGUUAGUGUGUGCACAGAAUAAGAACCAGGUAGAAAAGGCAAUUAAUUUUUGUUAUUCUAAUUUAAAAAAAUUUAAAAAUCAUCACAUCUCUAAUUUUGGUAUGGACUGUGACAUUUCAGGCUGAUCAGGGUUUCUGUUACUCCUUUUUACUUCUGUCUAUUUUUUUUAUUUAACCAGAAAAGCAGAAGUGACAAAUUCAAGAGUGAUAACAGCAGCAGUAAAAGUAAUGGAAAUACAAAUCAUAAUAGAAGAACAAUACAUUCUGAAUCAUAUAGCACAAAGUCGUCUGAUGAAGCAUCCCCGACCUGAAGCAUGUCUCUUUAAAGCUGUCAGACUACCUUUAAAAAGAGUAAGAGAGACAAGAUCCCUCAGACCCAAGAGCUCCAAGCCAGGAGCAGUAUAUCAGAUAAGUGCCUGAGAUUCGGUCUGCAGGUGGAUACUGCAGGCUAGGCACUGAUAGAUUAGGGCCUUAAGAUCUGUAAUAAAUCUUAAAGCUUCACAGUGAAUGAUACUCAGAGAGUGCAGGCACUAAGGGGAUAUAAAACAUCGCCACAGUUAGGGAUAUAAAGGUAUGAGCAAAAGAAAUAUAUGAUUUAUUACUUUAAGAGAAAGUCACAAAGUUGUGAAAUAAAAUGAUAGAAGGCAGGUUUCAUCAUCACGAAAUUUGAUUUAGUUUAUGUAAGACAAAAGUUAUAUAUAUUAUCUUAUAUGGUAUCAAAAGUGUUUACAAGUGACCUGAUAUUGGGUUUAAACUGAGCAGUAAAUCACUGUGUCAUCAGCAUAUGAACAAAUAUGGACCUCUAAAUCAGAGCUGUACCUUCAAAACAAACUGUACAUAAAAAUCAUUAUUUUGUUAUUUUGAAGUUAUAUCAGAAACACUUUGAUAAACAUUUGAGGACUCACAAUUUUCCCCAAAACUUAAACAAAAUUAAAAUAAAGGUUAAACUUGUACUGAUGCUAACAAUCCUUUAUAAGUUUCAGAAGAUAAAAGAGAAGUUUGAAAGUAUGAGUAUUCGAUUAAUUCGUACUCUGAAGGGACACAAACUCUCACCUUGGUUUUGGACGCACAGAAGGUCUUUGAAUGUCCCCCCCCCCUUUUUUUUCUAAGUGUCUAAUCAUUUUGGAGAGUAAGAGCUGCUACAAGCUAGCUCAAUAGCUGCUGCUGCAUCCUUUUUCACUCUGCUGUGUUUAAUGACGUGUGGGAACCAGUGGACCACUGCUAUGAACUCUCAGUAUUAGCAUACACUUAUUUUAAGCACCACAUAAAUGUUUCGCCUCAUCAUAAAGACAGUUACCGUCAGUACCGGGAGUAGAUAUGGAGAUUUAUUGAUAUGCUUAAUAUCAGGGCAAAUACUGCAGAAUGUCCAGCUAUGUAAAAUGUUACAUACAUAUAAAAUAUCUGUGGCGUAUCAUCAUUCUUUGUCUCUGAAGCAUAAAAAUACAGAGCUGACAUCAGGAAGACAAACUGCAACACAAGUGAUAUUAAGUUAAUCUACUCUGGACAUGUCUCAAAUGUGAUGUUUUACAAAUAAUAUCCUUUUCAGCGUCCUCAUAUACAGGCAUUAUACUUGAAAAAUGUAGGCAAAAACAUGACCAGAUCCUACUGUGCAGUUCGUGGCGUUGUAUGACACAUUUUCUCACAAAACAAAGUUUGUUUAGUGAAGUUAGGAUGCUUUUAUAUAUCCCAGAAAGGUCAAUUAUUAACAGAUUAUCAAGUCUAAAUUCACAACUCUGAAACUCAUAAGGCAGCGGUAUCUUAAACACUACACAUUACAUAAAAGCACCAAGUAGUAUUGGGCAAUUUACAGCAAUUAAACUGUAAUUUUGAAAAACUUCUGUGGUGUUCUGGCAAAAGGACUGAAAUAAAAGUUUUCUUCAAAUGGAGAAAACUUUUAUUCUGAAUUUCCACUCUUCCAGCUCUCAUUAGUCACCACUCAGUCUGCUGUUUAGUUUAGGGGAAGAAAACUCAGUCAAAGUUAUUAAAUUAUUGUCACUAGAGACCUAAAUAGACUCCAAAAAUGCCUCAAACAUUCAGCAUACCAAUAAUAUUUUUCCAUGCUGAAAAAGCACAUUCGUAUUCGGGGAGCAGAUCAUGAAGGGACUUUCUGUUUGGAGAAAGAUUAAAUCAUAAUUACAGUCAUAUUAAAGAGAGCAGAGUGGGAGUCAGGUCUGGUACUUGCUGUUCUGUAGGAAUAAUUACUCGCUAUAUUUCUUAGCAACAGAUUUAUUCUCUACAGAUGAACUCAGUGUGGGUUUCCAGAGUGAUAACAUCAGCUUAAAAACUCUAAAUGUAAAUAAUUAGAUUCAUAAACUGAAAUGUUUUUUUCCAGAGAUCAAGUCAUCAGGGUCAAUGCUGAGACUGAAGACCAGCUCCAGCUCCUGCAGGCUCUGGAGGCUCGAGAGGAGUGGGAGGUACACACACACACACACGCACACAUACACACUUGAAUACAAACACAAGCACACAGCAGAACAAACACCUACACAACAAGUUUUCUCAGCUGCUUGUGCUAAACAGUUUCUCACAAACUCCCAAAGGUACAAAAAGGCGAGUGUGUGUGUGUGUGUGUGUGUGUGUGUGUGUGUGUGUGUGUGUGUGUGUGUGUGUGUGUGUGUGUAUGUGUGUGUGUGUGAGGGGGCUGAAGGUUAACAGAGUCAUCAGCUCUUGUCAGGAAGUCAGAAACCCUCAGAGUAUCGGCGGCUGUUUAGUUUCUACCCAUUAAGACACAAAUAUGAAGCAUAGAUCAAACUUUGCCUUCUGUUUGAGUCUAAUUAUUUCGUCCUCUCUGCUUCUUUAAGCGGGAGUUAAUACCAGUGUUGGAGCAAAAAAGUGCAACCAAUGAAUGAAUGUCAGCGACAGAACCUCAUUUAGAUGUGACGCAAUUACGUCUGGUUGGUUAGUUGUUUUAGAGUCAUACUGAAACAUUGUGCUGUUGAUUUGAAGAUGAAAACUUAAACUCCUUUUUUUGCCAUUUUCACAGCUUUUGUAUUGUAAAAUGAUAGCUCAGAUAACCAUCAUUAAAACCAUCAUUAAAACUACAAAUGGAAAGUUAAUGCUGGAGCCUAAAAGAAGUUUUAACAUUUACAGAUUUCAUUUCAUCCAGACACCGCGUGUUUUCUUAUGAAUAUUAUAAAGAGGAGGGGUGUUUGAGAGUGUCAUGGCAAGGAUUCACAGUCAAAUUAGAAUAAUGUUACCUGCUGUUUCCACGAGUAAGGAGGACAAACAGGUUUGAAUAGUUGAAUAGAAUAAGGCAACUUUUAAAAUGCAUUAAAAUAUGUGAGAUUGACCCAAAUAUAUUCAUUAACCGCAGCAUGGUACUUCUUAUUUUACAGCACCACCCUCUCUAUGUCGUAUAUCUUCUUGUUUUCCAGUCCUGCUCAUGAUUUCUCUUCACCUGUUUGGUUUAAGGUGGACUUCUGGCUGGACCCAGUCUCCACUGAUCUGCCCAUCGACAUCCGUGUGCCCUACGACAGUCAGACCGCUGUGAUGGAGUACCUCAACGCCAACAGCAUCCGCUACUCUGUCCUUAUCAGCGACCUCCAGGUACGCAAUCUUAAACUCAAAAUCACGUAUCAGCUGAUUGUUUGAGCACAUGUGCGCUGAAUUUUAGCUGUCCUCUGUGACACAUUCAGGAGCUUCUGGAUGAGGAGAAAGUUGAGAUGCAGAAGAACCAGAUGAAGGAACGUAUGACCAAGAGCUUCAACUUUGGAGCCUAUCAUCGUCUGGAGACGGUACCAUAUUUAUACAAACUUAGAUGUUUCUCGUGACACUCUAGAUUAACAGUAAAUUCAGGCAAACCUUUGGCUGUGGUUCUCUAGAGCAGGAUGUUGGAAAUCUAUCAAAUCUGAACACAUAGAGGGAACUUUGUGAUGGAAAUAAUUAGAUGUAUACAUUUUUCAUAUGUAAAGCUGACGCAGAGUUUACUUUUAUAUGAUCUAGCCAUUUGUCUGAAUUAUAAUCCCUGACUCACAGAUCUACAGCUGGAUGGACACUCUGGUGGCUCAGUACCCAAACCUGAUCUCCAAGCAGGAAAUUGGUAAAUCCUAUGAGAACAGACCCAUGUAUGUGCUCAAGGUAAGACUUACUGCAUGUGUAUAUCUGUUUGUAUGUGCACACACUGUACAAGCAUGCAAUUUUGAUUACAGCUCUGUCAUCACCGUAUUUAGUUCAGCACUGGAGGAAACAAGCGUCCUGCAAUCUGGAUCGACACUGGAAUCCACUCCAGAGAGUGGGUGUCUCAGGCCACCGGAGUGUGGACUGCCAACAAGGUACAACAUGUCAGCCAGAUCAGUCAGUGAUGUGAUAAAGUGAUUUUGCAAUAGGGUAGACGUUGCAAGAUUAGAGAUCUUAUUCAUUCAUUCAAACAAAUACAUGGACAUUUGAUGCAAGCACCGUAGUGAUUUUAGAGGCACUCAGCUGCAGCUCUGUAGUCUCAUCAUGUAUUUGCAAAAAGGUGCUGAGCAAGUCCGUUUAAAUACUAGCUUUCCUAAAAUCUUAUAUCUACUUAUAUUGCUGCAAAAAUAAUAAUGGAUAUGAAUGAAAUCUAUGGCUGGUUAUGUCCAGGGCAUAGUAUUUAAAACCAGAGGCAUAAUCAAGCAGUUCCUCAUCAUCUGUUAACAGCUCAGAUCAGCCUCUGUUAACUAAAUACCUCAACAAGGCUUUUUAAAUUCACACGAGAGUCUAAAAUUGUCCCCAGAUACUUUACCUUUGUCAUGACUGUCACCUUCAAUUCUGACAUUCAGCGAUUCUGCUGCAAGAAACUGUUUAAUUAAAAGAAACAGAUUGACGCAGUUUUUAGUGUUGAGUGCCAAACAAGAGGCAUCAAGAUUUUAAUUCACACAUCUUCAGCAGCACCUCAGAUUUGACCUGAUUUCACAUGGACAUCUGUGCCAUUUUAGUUCAGCCUGAUGUUUUAACCAAACUUAUUAAACAUAAAACAACAAAAAAUGCUAAGUUCUGUCAUUUUUCACACAAAAAUGGAAAUCUGUCUGUGGUCGCAGUAGAAAAUAAGUUUAAUCCGCUCUCUGUGUCAUAGUUCAUAUCUUUGCGUUUCAGAUGCCACUUUUGACCUUUUGUAAAAACUUUUAUCUGACAUUUUACAGUGAACCAAAUCACCAGCGUAAAAAGAUAAUGAAAUUAACCUUUAGCUGCAGCUUUAAUUAAAUCCUCAUUUAUAAUCAGAGGACUUUUUUCCAUAAAAACGUGCAUAAUAUCAGAUAAUACUUAUUUUUUUUGUUAUUAUAUAGAUUUAAAACAGACUUACAUUAAUAGCAUUGAAGCCCACUGAGCCUCAAAUUUCCUCUUUUCUGGUAAACAGUCUCUCGUCUUCUACUGUCAUGGAUGUUUAAAACUGAAAAAAGAUUACUUCAUGCUGCAGAUAACAUGAAACAUUCUUAUUUUAUAGCUUAAUAUAUUUUUGUCAUGAAACCAGUGCUCUCUACUGUCCUCAGAUUGCCACUGAUUAUGGCACCGACUCCUCCCUCACCUCCCUCCUGAACAACAUGGACAUCUACAUGCUGCUGCUGGCCAACCCUGAUGGCUAUGCCUUCACCCACACCAACGUGCGUCACUGUCAAACAUGUUGAACCCGUGGUCGUAUUUGAUGUUUUUAUUUAUCCUAUGAGAUGUGACACUUAGAAUACAUGCGAACAUCAUAUGUUGGUUUCGUGCACUUUGCCUUAAACAAUAAGCUCAACUGACUGAAACUGUGUGAUGUGUUCAGGAUCGUAUGUGGCGUAAGACCCGCUCCAUGAAUCCAGGCUACUCCUGCCGUGGAGUCGAUCCCAACAGGAACUGGGAUGCAGGCUUUGGUGGUAAUGUAUUGGGAAAUCCUCUAUCCUUCUUCUUUAUGAACCCUGGGGUGUCUUUUGCAUGUACUGUACUGUUAAUGUCUCCUUCCAGGCCCCGGAGCCAGCAGGUACCCCUGCUCCGACUCUUACCACGGCCCCUCAGCCCACUCUGAGAUCGAGGUGAAGAACGUGGUGAAUCUGAUCAAGAGCCAUGGCAACUUCAAGUCCUUCAUCUCCGUCCACGCCUACUCCCAGCUGCUCAUGUACCCCUAUGGAUACUCCUGCAGGAAUGUGCCCCAUCAGCCCGAGCUGGUAAGGGAUGGGGAUGGGGGGUGUCUUAAAUGAAGAGGAAAUACACAGCAAGCGCUUUCUCUAUUCCUCUUCACUCCUGCCUGCUGUACCCCUGCAUCUGUCUUUUUUGAUUAGUGUACCUGAACCCAUUAUUGUGCCCCUUUUCUUCUUUGGUUACAACAGGACGCUGUUGGCACAGCAGCAGUGCAGAAACUCACCUCCCUUUAUGGUACCAGAUACAAGGUUGGAAGCAUCUGCAACAUCAUCUGUGAGUCAUUUUUCACCUCAGCUCCCUUGACAGCUCUUAAGGAUUAAAUCUGUUAAAGCCUUAAAAAAAAUGGAUGAAUGUGAAGUUAUGAGCAUAAACUAAAAAAAAGAACAAACUCUGAAUGUUUGUUUGAAAAUCAAAUGAAAAAGAAAUAUAAAAUAUUAUCUUGUAAAAAUGUAGCUACAGCAACUCCUCUAGAUGCUAUAUCAAAAAAAUGUGUGCUUAGAUAUCUUGUUUUGUGUAUAUUUGUAAGAAAAUAAGCAAAACAUAUGAAGAGACGGAUGUGCCAAAGACUUGUUAAGUUAAUGUAGAAACUACAAACAUGGAGUUAUUUGUCCACCAGAGGUCACUGAUAAGUCUUUUGUAAUAAAAAUUAUAUUAGUUAUAUCAAAACCUUGUUGGUAUUAUGAAAGACUGUGCUCCUGAUGACAAAAAACCCUGGGUUGAUUAGAUUUAUUCAUGUCCUCUCCUCUGCUUCUCUCUCAGAUCAAGCCAGCGGCGGCAGCAUUGACUGGUCCUACAACCUGGGAAUCAAGUACUCCUUUGCCUUUGAGCUGAGAGACACUGGUCGCUAUGGUUUCGUCCUGCCAGCCAAUCAGAUCAUCCCCACCGCUUCUGAGACCUGGCUUGCCCUGAAACACAUCAUGGAGUACGUCGCUGACCAUCCUUAUUAAGAUUAUGAAAGGAAAAACUUCAUACUUCAGUCAGCUGAGACAGACUACACUGAUGUAUGUCAGCUUACCUACUGAUAAUAACCAAUAAAGUCAACCUUGUCUGCAUUUCAGGACUAA